ACAUUCAGAAUCAAAUCUUUCCAAUUCUACCUCAAGCCACAUGGAUUCUCUGCGUCUGGCAAUGACUUUUAAAACUAUAUAUAAAAAUUAUUUUUUCAUAACCGAAAAAUCUCAAACGUAAUUUUGUUGUGUUAAAAAAAAAUUGUGGCAAUUAAACAUUUAUCGUUAUUUCUAAAAAAAAAAACAUUAUGCAAGAACUAAUCAAUGAUGACAGUGAAACCUGCGAUUCGAUAUUCCUCAAGGUAGCACCGAUCGCAUCGGAAGAAUCAAUUUUAAACGACAUGGAGCCAAGUAACAUAUCAAUUGUCACUUCAAAUGGUACUGCUGAUAGUACUAUUGGAAAGUCUAAGACAACAAUAAGUCUACCAUCAGCAACCAAAUUUAGCAAUGCCGCCAAAAUCAAAGCUCCUUGGCUUAAAAGCUUGUUCGAAGAUGAGUGCUCUGCAUGGGAAACAACUAAAAGCGGCUUAGCUGAAUUAAUUGGAACAGCAAUGCUAGUAUUUCUGGGAUGUAUGGGAUGUGUUGGAAGUUUAGGCGUUCAACCUUCCUUACUUCAAAUAUCUUUUGCUUUUGGACUUGUUGUCAUGCUCGUUAUUCAAAGCAUCGGACAUAUAAGCGGCGCUCAUAUUAAUCCUGCUAUAACAGUUGGUGCAGUAGUCAUGGGAAAAAUGUCAUUGACCAAAGCAUCUGUUUACUUUGUCGCGCAAUGUCUUGGUGCUAUACUUGGUUUUGGUCUUCUUAAGGUCGUAACACCGUCAGAUGUUCUUGUGGGUUCAUUAACUUCAUCAACGGAAACAUUCUGUAUAACAGAAUUGCACAACAAGAUACCAGUAAUUCAAGGAUUGUUGGGUGAAAUAAUUGCGACGGCAGUUCUUAUGUUUAUGACCUGCGCAAUUUGGGAUAACCGCAAUGAAAAAAAUACAGACUCAACGGCCAUUAAAUUUGGAUUGACGAUAUCUGCAUUGUGUAUGGUACUUGGUCCGUACACUGGAUGCAGUUUGAACCCGGCAAGAUCACUGGGGCCCGCAAUAUGGAACAACUACUGGAACCACCACUGGAUCUUCUGGUUCGGACCUAUUGGUGGCUCUUUGCUUGCUUCCGUUUUAUAUAGAUCAGUAUUCUCACCCCGUCAGUGUAAUUUGCCUGAAUGUGCUUCUAUUAAUACUUCUCAAAAGGCUGAGAUCUGAAUCCAAAGUGGAAUUUAAUAAACUUGUGAUUAUUCAACUCAACAGAGUUUUGUUCUUUAUAUUGAAAUUGUAAAAGAGAUUUAUGAAAUAUCGAUUGACGGUAUUAAAAAUGUAUGAGUGAGAUUUUUUAAACAGAUUAAUGUUAAAUGAUAAUUUAUACAAAAAAGCAAUGGAUAAAAGAAAAAAUGAUACAAGCAGUGAAAUGCUUUGAUCAAAUUAAAUUUUUUUUUUUUUUUGUUUUUUUUUUUUUAUACGAAAUAAAUAUAUUUAUGGUACUAUCAUUAUGAAUAAUUUUAAAAUCAUGUAAAAUAAUUGAUCAGUAUACUUGCCGGUGUAUUAGAUAUUGAAAAAAGACUUAGACUUAAUGUCUUGUAAUUAAGAAAUUUAUUGAUUUUAUGUUUUAGUACUAAUGUUUGAUUAUAUAUUUAUAAUUAUUAAUUUAAGUCUUGUAAGUUUAUAUAUUAAUUGAAUUUAGAAUUGUAACUGAUAGACGUUAAAUUAUUUUAUCAAGUGAUUGACGAAAAGUAUUUUUCAUGAAACGAAAAGAAAGUACUUAUAGGUUGUUACUUAAUAGUAAUAAUUUUUUUAACUGUUUCCAUCACAUUGUGGUUUUUUAUGAUAAUUGAUAAAUAAACUUUUUUUUAUUAAAAGAUCUCAACACUAUCCCUUGACAUAUCAGUUGUUGAUUGAAGGAAAUUAUUUUUUUUUAUUUUUGAAAUAUUUUGACUUAUGCACAAGAGAUUCUUGAAAUUAAUAAAAAAUUUUGCAUGAACUUUUGUUAAAAAAAAAUAAAAUAUUUAAUUUGUUAUUUAAUUACAAUGCAAUUAAAUAAAAUUUUGUAUAUCAAUCGCAUGCCAAAAAUUAAUUGUAGUGAUUGAAAAUUUUAAGUUUUAUUUAAAAACUUUUUAUUAGAAUAGGGAAGUAAAUUUCGAUAGUUAUAAAAUGUAAAAUAACAUACUUCGAAAACCUGUUUUAAUUAAUAGAUAAGAUAAGAUUAGACAAAUAUAAAAAAAUAGAAUUGUAGAAAUAUUAAAUCCCUAAUGCUCAUAUCAAUAGAGUUUUCAACAGUUUCCUUUUUCGUCUCUUGUGCAAGAAUUAUCAAUUAAUAAAAAACUUUAAAUUCUUAGAAAAAAUUUACACGAAAAAAAAAAAAAAA